AUGAUCGAACCAUUCCAAACGACCUUCUCGGUCCCAAUGACCUGUGAAGGCUGCGUGAAGUCUAUCUCGACCUCUCUACACAGCCUGGAAGGUAGUCAUCACACCCCAAACUCACCUUCAUCUAAGUUGACCCCCGCAACAGGAAUCAACAAGGUUGAAGCAAACCUCAAAGACCAGCUAGUUUUCGUCGAAGGCACCGCUCCUCCCAGCUCUAUCGUAACCGCGAUCGAAAACACCGGCCGCGAUGCCAUCCUCCGCGGCAGCGGCACUACAAACAGUUCCGCCGUAUGCAUCCUUGAAACGCACUCAACGAGCGUCUCAAACAAUAUCCGCGGCCUCGCGCGCAUGGUCCAGGUCUCCCCGAACAUGACCCUCAUCGACCUGACAAUCAACGGCCUGUCGCCGGGAAAAUACUGGACCACUAUUCGAGAAGCGGGGGAUAUCUCCCGGGGUGCUGAGUCUACCGGUGGUAUCUGGGAGGCUGUGAAGAGCAAGGUGCUUGGUGCCGACGCUGCCGCCACCCCGGCCAAGGAGACCCGGGGCAUUCUUGGUACCGUGGAUGUUGACAAUAAGGGCCGGGGCAGUGUGUUUUUGGACCGGCCUGUGGCGAUCUGGGAGCUUAUUGGUCGGAGUAUGGUUGUUUCGAACGGGACGGAGGGUCCUUUCAAACGCGAGGAUGAGAAUACCCUUGUUGGUGUUAUUGCGCGCAGUGCGGGUGUGUGGGAUAAUGAUAAGAUGGUUUGCUCGUGCUCGGGUAAGAAUGUCUGGCAGGAGAGACAGGAACAGGUUGUCCUGGGUAUGGCUUGA